AGCCGACGAUUGAAUGGCAUUAAAUCACGAAUUUAUUGCGAUAAUCUGAUUUGUGUAACACAUCAAAUUUAGUACUAUAGUUGGGCAAGAUUUUGACAAUUGCUGCAGCUUAGGCUAAAGCUAGAACUCUAAUCCACACCAAACAAAUGUAUGCUAUAUAAUCACAUUGAUUAAGAGCUAAAUAAUACAAGAAAGAUGUCAUUCUCCUCCUCCACCUUGAUCACUACCAAUGCCAUCCGCCUCCGGAAUUCGUCGCCGCCCUCGUCUCGCUCACAUCUCCCUAUCAAAUCUCUCCCUCUCCGCCGCCAAGUCUGCUCCUCCGCCAUGGAUGCUGUUCAAAGACGUCUCAUGUUUGAAGACGAGUGCAUUUUGGUCGAUGAGAACGACGCCGUCGUCGGCCACGACACCAAAUACAACUGCCACCUGAUGGAAAAGAUCGAUUCCGAAAAUCUGCUGCACAGAGCCUUCAGCGUGUUUCUCUUCAACUCGAAAAAUGAGUUGCUUCUCCAGCAACGAUCUGCAAGCAAGGUCACCUUCCCUCUUGUGUGGACUAACACCUGCUGCAGCCAUCCCCUCCACACGGAAUCCGAGCUCGUCGAAGACGACGGGCUCGGUGUCAAGAAUGCCGCUCAAAGAAAACUACUGGACGAACUCGGCAUCCCCGCCGAUGACGUCCCCCUCGAUCACUUCCUUCCGUUAGGCCGUAUGCUGUACAAAGCACCGUCCGACGGCAAAUGGGGAGAACAUGAACUGGACUACCUUUUGUUCAUCGUCCGGGACGUGAGGCUCGAACCGAACCCGGAUGAAGUAGCGGAUGUGAAGUACGUGAGCCGCGAGCAACUGCAGGAGCUUCUGAGGAAGGCCGAUGCAGGCGAAGACGGCCUCAAGCUCUCCCCGUGGUUCCGAUUAGUCGUGGACAACUUCUUGUUCGAAUGGUGGGAUCAUGUCGACGCAGGGACUCUCGCCCAAGCGGCUGACAUGAAAACCAUUCACAAAUUAACCUAGCUCAUUUGUAACUGGGGAAUCAAUCAAGGACUAUAUAUUUAUUAGUUGAAUAUAACAUAUGAUUGAUGUGUGAA